CGUGAACAACCGAAUUCAUGACGAGGUUCUUAGAAUCUUAGAAGCUUAGACGAACUGUAGUAGGCUGGUUUCCGCCGCAUGAAACUUGCCAAACUUCAGUCGCAAAACAAACCACACAAUGCUUUUCUCUACAGCGAGCCGGACACUUCUUAGAGGCGUCGGCAGCCUGCCGCGCUCUACUUCUGUUCUUUCGAAUCCUUUCAACAACAGCCCCUCCGCCCUUCGAAGAUUAUUGUCGUCGUUGGCUGUCCUAGAACAGCGCGAUGGGAAGCUCAACCACGGUUCUUUGAGCGCAAUUACAGCCGCUAAGAAGCUUGGGGGCUCGAUACAUGGAUUCGUCGCCGGAAGCAAUAUUAAGCCCGUAGCAGAGGAGGCGGCCAAAGUAGAAGGCGUCGAGAAAAUAAUCGCAGUGGACAACGCUGCUUACGACAAGGGCCUCCCGGAGAACUUUGCGCCGCUAUUAGUCGAGAACAUCAAGAAGGGCGGCUACACUCAUAUCAUCGCGGGGCACACUGCUUUUGGGAAGAGCUUAUUACCGCGGGUCGCCGCACUUCUCGACUCCCAGCAAAUAUCAGACAUAACUGCUAUUGAAAACGAGAACACCUUCGUGCGCCCUAUAUACGCCGGCAAUGCCAUCGCGACCGUCGAGUCCUCCGAUCCUGUCAAGGUUAUUACUAUUCGCGGCACGGCCUUCCCCGCUGCCGAAGCACAGGGCGGCUCCGCAACUAUAGAAGAUGGCGUUGACCCUAAUGUGGAAAUCUCCGUGGAGUGGGUUUCUGAAGAUCUCGCCAAAUCAGACAGGCCGGACCUAGCGACCGCCGGCAAAGUAGUUGCCGGAGGUAGAGGUCUAAAAUCAAAGACAGGCUUCGAUAACAUCAUGCUACCGCUUGCAGAUUCGUUAAACGCCGCAGUCGGUGCUUCUCGUGCUGCGGUGGAUAGCGGAUACGCCGACAACAGUCUUCAGGUUGGACAAACGGGUAAGGUGGUUGCUCCUCAACUAUACCUUGCCGUUGGAAUUUCCGGUGCCAUCCAGCAUCUGGCGGGUAUGAAGGACAGCAAGGUGAUUGCAGCUAUUAACAAGGACCCCGAGGCGCCAAUAUUCCAAGUAGCGGACGUGGGCUUGGUUGGGGAUUUAUUCGACAAGGUCCCCGAGUUAACAAAGAAACUAAAGAGUUCGUGAAUAAAUAUAUAAGUACCUAAUAUAAAUACAAUAUUUACAAU